UGCGUUUGAUAAAUCGAGUCAAAAGACAUUUGACGCGAAGCUGUUCUCCAGAAGUUUCCAGAGUUGCGCAAUGAAAUCUCGCUUGACACUCAGAAAAGAAAAGACAAAUUGUUCUGUGCCUUCGGACAGCUUCAUGACAACUUUUCUUCGGAUUUCUUCCAAUAGAAUUACAGAAGAACUGUCUCUCGUUUGUUACCUAGCAAUAGCAUACAACUGUCUGUAACGUAGUAUGUUUGUGCCUCGGUGGAUGUAAGAUCCAGCGUCUAGAUCACUGAGUUCUGUGUAUGCGUAUCGGAUGUAUGCGCCUAGAUCACCGUGCUGUGUGUGUCAGUAGGGACUAGUGGAACACGUCUGGAGAGGAAACAGUGAACUAAAAAUCUUGCUGGUAGCAUAUUUAACUUUUUUUUUAUUAUUAUUGUGGGGGGGGAAUUGUCAGGACUCAGAAAGUAGGAUGAUGAGGGAGGGAGGUGGUUGUCUGGGACUCCCAGGGAUGUUACGAGUUUUCUUGUUGGGGACUUGUGCUCUUACGGUCCUGAGCUCUGCAGGCUUGGUGUUCCUUCUGGUGCAACACAUGCACCUGUCAGCCCACCUUGCCCGGUUGGAUCUACAGCUCCAGGUGCUCUCAGAGACUUCUGGCGCCGUGCUGCAUCAUUCUGCAGCAGUAUCCCUCCGGGCCAGCGGGGACCCUGGAGAGGAAGCUUCCCACAGGACCAGCAUGGACCCCGGAGAGGAAGCUUCCCACAGGACCAGCAUGGACCCCGGAGAGGAAGCUUCCCACAGGACCAGCAGGGACCCCGGAGAGGAAGCUUCCCACAGGACCAGCAGGGACCCCGGAGAGGAAGCUUCCCACAGGACCAGCAGGGACCCCGGAGAGGAAGCUUCCCACAGGACCAGCAGGGACCCCGGAGAGGAAGCUUCCCACAGGACCAGCAUGGACCCCGGAGAGGAAGCUUCCCACAGGACCAGCAGGGACCCUGGAGAGGAAGCUUCCCACAGGACCAGCAGGGACCCUGGAGAAGAGACUGAUAGGUUGCAGGUGCUCUCAGCGGAAUCUGGGUUGCAGACAUCACCCCACAGGACGAGCAGGGAAGACCCAGGCAGAGAGGAGGCAGAAAGGGAGCUGCAGCAUGGCCGACCCCGCAAUAAGAGGAGCCAGGCUGGGAAACACCAGACUAAGCGACAGCAGAAACGUGCCGACAGGGACAUGAUGAUAAUGAUGACAUACUCUAUGGUCCCGAUCAAGGUCCUGUUGGAACUAUGUAACAGCACAAAAGACAUGUGUUUCACAGGCUCACCAGGACCUCCAGGCACUCCGGGUGUGGAUGGGAAGCCAGGAGUCAAUGCUACGGAAGGCAUAUCAGGACCACCUGGACCUGCAGGGAGACGAGGGAAAAAAGGUCCCCCUGGAGAGAGAGGGGAGCCUGGGGUGAAAGGAGACGUGGGAGACCCUGGACCUCCAGGACUGAAGGACGAGACCUCCAAUGACAUCUUCAUAGAGGGGCCUCCGGGUCCAAGGGGCCCUCCUGGCCCUGCCGGUCCCCCUGGUCUACCUGGCCCCCCAGCGACCUUAGAGGACCCAGAACCCUCUAGAAAUAGGACCAUGAGAGCACAGUUGUUAGAGAACACCUGUUUCCAUCAAGACAACAUAUCUGACUCUCUGGGUACAGAGAAUGCAGCCACAAGCAGCGACAUCUUAAAUGUAACCAACGCAGAGACUGUUAAUAGAACCAUCAGGGCACACAUCCAUCAAGCCAACAUGUCUUCGGAGUCAGCGAAUCUGGUUGCAAGUAAUGACAUGAAUGUAACUGACACCGAGAACGAGGAAUUAAAUAACCGACAAAUGACAUACACCGAGAUUGUGGAAGAAGGACCUUGGAACGCAACUCACACCGAGAUUGUGGAAGAAGGACCUUUGAACGCAACCGAGAUUGUGGAAGAAGGACCUUUGAACGCAACCGAGAUUGUGGAAGAAGGACCUUUGAACGCAACUGAGAUUGUGGAAGACGGACCUUUGAACGCAACCGAGAUUGUGGAAGAAGGACCUUUGAACACAACCGAGAUUGUGGAAGAAGGACCUUUGAAUGCAACCGAGAUUGUGGAAGAAGGACCUUUGAACGCAACAGAGAUUGUGGAAGAAGGACCUUUGAACGCAACCGAGAUUGUGGAAGAAGGACCUUUGAACGCAACCGAGAUUGUGGAAGAAGGACAUUUGAACGCAACCGAGAUUGUGGAAGAAGGACCUUUGAACGCAACCGAGAUUGUGGAAGAAGGACCUUUGAACGCAACCGAGAUUGUGGAAGAAGGACCUUUGAACGCAACCGAGAUUGUGGAAGAAGGACCUUUGAACGCAACCGAGAUUGUGGAAGAAGGACAUUUGAACGCAACCGAGAUUGUGGAAGAAGGACAUUUGAACGCAACCGAGAUUGUGGAAGAAGGACCUUUGAACGCAACUGACAGCGAGAUUGUGGAAGAAGGACAUUUGAACGCAACCGAGAUUGUGGAAGAAGGACCUUUGAACGCAACCGAGAUUGUGGAAGAAGGACCUUUGAACGCAACAGAGAUUGUGGAAGAAGGACAUUUGAACGCAACUGACAGCGAGAUUGUGGAAGAAGGACAUUUGAACGCAACCGAGAUUGUGGAAGAAGGACAUUUGAACGCAACCGAGAUUGUGGAAGAAGGACAUUUGAACGCAACCGAGAUUGUGGAAGAAGGACAUUUGAACGCAACCGAGAUUGUGGAAGAAGGACAUUUGAACGCAACCGAGAUUGUGGAAGAAGGACAUUUGAACGCAACCGAGAUUGUGGAAGAAGGACCUUUGAACGCAACCGAGAUUGUGGAAGAAGGACCUUUGAAUGCAACUGACCGCGAGAUUGUGGAAGAAGGACCUUUGAACGCAACCGAGAUUGUGGAAGAAGGACCUUUGAACAUAACUGAGAUUGUGGAAGAAGGACCUUUGAACGUAACUGAGAUUGUGGAAGAAGGACCUUUGAACGUAACUGAGAUUGUGGAAGAAGGACCUUUGAACGUAACUGAAAUUGUGGAAGAAGGACCUUUGAACACAACCGAGAUUGUGGAAGAAGCAGCAUUUAGGAAAACUGAAUACAUUAUCAAAAGCAUAACGUGCUUUCCAAACGUCACUAAAAUGGAAACUACAUUUGGAGUUUGGAUGCAAGAUGCAGCCCGGGUGAACGAUAACCACAUUUGGAUGGCUGAGCACUUUUCAGGUCGAGUCUUGCAGGAGUACAAGAGCAUUGCAUCAUUUCCUAACAGCAGGUCUAUUGACAUGAGGAAGUUCUACCAGGGUUGUGGCCACAUCAUCUACAAUGGGUCUGUUUACUAUCACAAUGCAGGGACCUCGAAAGUUGUCAAGGAUAACCUGAAGACCAGGAGAUUACAGACACUGGCCAUUGAGAAUGCUCUUUACCACAAUCGAACCUAUCUCUUCCACAACUCCAAGACGUACUUUAAGUUUGCUGUGGACGAGAACGGACUGUGGCUCAUAUAUGCUUCAGUUAUCAAUGGAACCGUGAUGGUGGCCAAGUUAAACCAGAAGAGGUUUUCUGUGUCGUCUGUGGUUAGCACGUCCUAUCCUGUACCGAACGCUGGGAAUGCCUUUGUUGCAUGUGGAGUUCUGUAUCUGACUGACACCAAAGAUACAAAAGUCACACAUGCCUUUGACUUAAUGAAAGAGAAACCUUUGAAUGUAAGUUUGGAUCUCAGAUCAGCCAAUGGUAUAAUGGCCAUGUUGUCAUAUUAUCCCGAAAAUCAACUUUUGUACAUGUGGGACAACAGCUAUGUGAAAAUAUGCAAGGCUUAUUUUACUUUGGAUCAAAAAAGUCUAGUCACAUGUUAUGGUCGUAAAUAAAUCUUAUGAUCGUGGGAGACAUUCUGCCUAGGAGAAUACAGUCAGUCACAAGUAGUGACACCUUGAAUGUAACCAAUGCAGAGAAGGUUCUAUUAACAAUCAGAGCACACACCCAUCAAGCCAACACCCAUCAAGCCAACGCCCAACAAGCCAACGCCCAUCAAG